GCCCACUUUUUUCUUUUCCACCGCUUGCAAAUAUGCAUGCACUAGCAUUUAAUGAUGGUUUAUUAGCCGUCAUAGCUGCCGGUCUGGCGUGUCACCUUGCCUUUAAUCGAUUUGAGCCUGCUCGCCUUCUCGUCCAUUUUGCCCUUUUAUGCGUUAUUCCCAGUUUCAUGUCAUUUUUUGUCCUCUCCGGGUUUACCAGUAUUUUUCGUGCCGUGGUCUCGACUUACUUGCUAUAUUGGUUUACUAUACUCACCUCUAUUGCUUUGUAUCGUUUGUCUCCCUUUCACCCCCUGGCAAAAUACCCUGGUCCGAUUCUCGCUAGAAUCAGUAAAUUCUGGAUGGUCUGGAUGUCUUCAGACGGCAAACAGCAUGUUUACUACUAUAAUCUUCACAAACGCUAUGGUGAUGUGGUGAGAAUAGGGCCUAAUGAGUUGUCAAUGCGCGAUACAGCCGCAAUUCAGCCAUUGAUGGGUCCUGGUGGAUGGUCAAAGGGUCCUCACUGGGAUGGUCGGAUGGCAGAGCAAACCAACACCAGGACUCUAAUUACCAUCAAAGAUCCCGUAGAGCAUGCGCGCCGUCGCCGCCCGUGGAACAGGGCUUUCAGCAUAGCCGCCCUCAAAGGAUACGAGGAAAUAAUUGCCAAAAGGGCACGUGAAUUUGUCACAGGACUAGAGCACAAGGUGGGAGAGAGAGUAGAUCUGGCCGAAUUAAUCAACCAUUUCACAUUUGACUUUAUGAGCGACAUGGCAUUUGGUGGAGGUUCUGAAAUGAUCCGUGAUGGCGACAAGGAAGGAAUAUGGCACUUACUUGAAAGUGGACUACCAAUGGGAUUGAUUUUGACUCAUAUUCCCUGGUUCGGGAAAUACUAUGUCAAGAUUCCUGGUAUUGGGAAAAAUCUUAAAGAUUUUCGGGCAUUCUGCGAGGAACGUGCAGCCAUCCGGAAAUCACGGGUUUCACAAGUUAAAGAUCUUUUCCACUAUCUGAUUGAUGAAGAUGGUAUCGAACGUAUUCCUCCUACUAUGGCUGAAGUUAUUUCCGAUGGUGUCCUCGCUAUUGUGGCUGGUUCCGACACCACUGCGACUACGCUCAGUAACCUCUUCUGUCUAAUGAUGAAGAACCCCACUGUUUAUUAUCGGCUUCAAGCUGAGAUCGACAAAUACUUUCCUGUCGGUGAAAAUGCUUUGGACACAACCGACCACCCAUAUAUGAGUUAUCUCAAUGCUGUAAUUAACGAAACUUUGCGCCUUUUCCCACCAGUUUUAAGUGGCAGCCAGCGUGCUGCAGCUAGAGGAAGUGGCGGCAGAGCUAUCGGGCCUUACUAUUUACCGGAGGGCACAAAUGCGUUCAUGCAUUUUUAUUCUGUCCAGCGAGAUCCGCGCAACUUUUCGCCAAUGCCUGACGCCUUCUGGCCGGAACGCUGGCUCACUCCUGAAGAGCGACUAUCUUACGCAUCCCCUGAUGUGAAGGGUCUAGACAAGGUACCAUUUAUUCACAACACUGCUGGCUUCAUGGCAUUCUCUUUCGGGCCCGCCAACUGUGUUGGAAAGAAGCUGGCAUAUCAGAAAAUGCGGAUGGCAAUCUGUCUCAUGAUGCAGCGGCUGGAGUUCCGUUUUCCCGACGACUAUGUCCCGGAGAAGUUCGAGGAUGAUCUACUAGAUCUGUUCGUUGCGAAGAAGGGAAGUCUGCCUGUCGUCCUAUCUCCACGGGUUUCCAAGGAUUGAGGAGGAGUGAUCAUCAUCUUAGCACUGUAGUUUAUAGCUGUUAAUUCCUGUCUUCUUGUUAUCAAAUACCCUUGUUGUAUUCCGUUUAUGCAGUGUACGUUUAUGUAGUGUAUUGCUUAUCUGCACGCGUGCGCGUUCUCCACGACGUUUCUCAAAGACAGUGCUAUUAGAAAUCAUCCAUCUGAUGACUCCGU